AUGACUGUAUCAUAUCGCACCGCCAUCACCAUAGUUCAAUUCAUCUUUUUUGUGCCCUCCGCCGUCUACGCCAUUUGGCUUUGUUUCCACCAUGGCCUAAAAGCUGCAGGCACAUGGCGCUUUAUUGCAACGCUUUCUUUGCUGCGUGUAGCUGGUAGCAUUUCCUACUUUGUGUCGUUAAGCAAUCCUGGUCUUCAUGUCAUGAUGUCCGUCGUCGUCUGUGAGCUUUCCGGAUUGGCCCCCCUCAUGCUCGUCUGCGUUGCCCUUGUCGGUCGUGUGAACAAAACUGCAAACGUAUUCCCUGAAAAGGCUGCGAUUUGCAUCUCACUUCUCUCCCUGGUGGGCCUGAUUCUAGGUAUCGUCGGUACCGAUAGGGCUCUCCAUAAAGCUGCAACCACAGACGACAUCCACCUCAACAGUCUCAUCAGGGCCGCAUUGGCCCUCUUCCUUGCCGGUUUCACUCUGAUGCUCGUCGGUUACUUUGCUUUGGUGCAAGACGUACUACGCCAUCCUGCCAAGCGUGCUAUUCUUGGAAGUGAGGUGCGCAUCCUAGCCAUCGUGGGGCUCGCUGCGCCCUUUGUCUUCGUCCGUCUGCUUUACAGCGCCCUUGGCGACUUAACCGGGGCUGAACUGUGGAGCUCCAUUAAUGGCAAUAACACCGUCUAUCUUGUCAUGGAUGUCCUCAUGGAGAUUAUUGCCAUCACCAUUAUGUAUACGACCGUGCGUUUCGCGCCGCUGCCGAACGAUCCAUCCGCGGAGCGCAUUGCGGACGCCGAGGGGGGGUGA